CCAUUUAGCCCGCCUGAUUCCGAUCCAUAGGUAGAAAUUUGCACACGUUCGUCAUUCAUCAUAUAGUUACAGCCGCGGCAGCACUAUCAACUGCUUAUUUUAACAGCUAAAAUUGCAUUUCCCCUUAAACGUUAAAACACAUCCAUCAUGUUCGAAGCACGUCUUGGUCAAGCCACCAUUCUGAAGAAGAUCCUGGACGCUAUCAAGGAUCUGCUCAAUGAAGCCACAUUCGAUUGCAGUGACUCUGGAAUUCAGCUGCAGGCCAUGGACAACUCUCAUGUGUCUCUCGUCUCUCUGACCCUGCGAUCAGAUGGCUUCGACAAGUUCCGUUGUGACCGCAACCUCUCCAUGGGCAUGAACUUAGGCAGCAUGGCGAAGAUACUCAAGUGCGCCAACAACGAGGACAACGUGACGAUGAAAGCGCAGGACAACGCCGACACUGUCACCAUCAUGUUCGAGUCGGCCAACCAGGAGAAGGUCUCUGACUACGAGAUGAAGCUGAUGAACCUUGACCAAGAGCACCUGGGCAUCCCAGAGACGGACUUCUCGUGUGUGGUCCGUAUGCCGGCCAUGGAGUUCGCUCGUAUCUGCCGCGAUUUGGCGCAGUUCAGUGAAUCCGUCGUCAUCUGCUGUACCAAGGAGGGUGUCAAGUUCUCGGCCAGUGGUGAUGUGGGCACCGCUAACAUUAAGCUGGCUCAAACCGGCUCUGUCGACAAGGAGGAGGAAGCUGUUAUCAUCGAGAUGCAAGAGCCUGUAACGCUGACGUUCGCCUGUCGCUACCUGAACGCCUUCACAAAGGCGACGCCAUUGUCUACCCAGGUGCAGCUGUCGAUGUGCGCAGAUGUGCCGCUGGUGGUCGAGUAUGCGAUCAAGGAUCUUGGCCACAUUCGCUACUACCUGGCACCCAAGAUCGAAGACAACGAGACAUAAAUCGGCUGUCUUCCUUAUAUUUAUAUCGUAACUUCUCAUCCUCCCACGUACAAUUCAUUCCUAAGUUUUAAGUUAAAUCCGCAUUUUUGAUCAAUAAAAGCUAUAUUGUAUAAUGUUAA